AUGGAUCUGUUCAAUAUCCCCCCCGAGGGGCUUGUCCUGCGACGGAAGUCCAAACACGAUACACAGAGUAAACAGAUUAAAGAACCUACGCAAGUGAUCCGGUUGGACUUGGUUGAGUCCGUGACCAAGGAUAUACUUCGGUCUCUGAAAAAUAAUGAGCAAGUUCGUUUCCGAUGUGGCAAAAGACCACAGCUACAAUUCGGCAAGAAGACGGUAACUCUGGAAAGCAACGUUGAUACGUUUCCCACCGAGAUCUACACCAAGUCCAAAGAUAAUACAACCCCUCUAUACUUCAGCGGCAGGUCAAGCCAUAGGCUUGAGGUCAAGAAAGCCGAACAGGAUACUGCAAAAGCCGACGAAGCCUUAGCUACCCUUGAGAGCACUCUCAAAUCUAUACAGGAGGAACGUGCGUCGAAUGAGACCAGCUUGAAAGAGGACCUGAAGCACGGAGCUAGAAAAGAUGCAAAGCCAUCACCCUUAUUGGGGCAGAGUUCUGCUCUGAGGAAAGAUCAUUUGUUAGGGCCCUUGAACCGAUCUACACCGGGGAGCCCUUUUCUGAGCGCCUCUUAUUCUCCGCGGUUGGGCCCUACCUCAGCUCCUUUGGCCCCUGGGAUCUCGACGAAGGAUCGGAUACGACUGGAUGCUAUCCGGAUACCACUCGUGCAUCUUCUGGCCGUUCGACCAAUGACGCCAAAAGCAAUCUGUGAUCAACUGCAUACGACCAAGGAGGACCUCGAGAAACUGCUCGACAAGGUGUCAUGGGAGGCGAAAGCAGAGGAUGGGAAAAGAGAGUUGAAGGAAAAGAGUUACCGCGAACUUGAUGUCUGGAAAUUCCGUUAUCGGUCGCAUGAGGACAGACAGGCAGCCAUUGACCAUGCCAUCCAAGCAUACGACCGGAUGAGAGUGGAGAAGAAAGAUCCUCUCUGGCAGCUCUUGCUUCCUCCAGAGGAACGGGGGAAAGGCAAGAUCCUGUCAAAGCUGAACUUUGACAAGCCGGUAUCCAGUCACGCCACCCCUAAGCCGGAGCGUUCGAACGAGGACGGCAACGAGAGUAAGAAUGAGGUGUCGGACCGAGAUCAUGCUAAGGCACGAAUAAAGAAGGAUAGAGACCCAGCCACUGUAGAGAAAAAGCGCAAGGACAAAGUUACCACCUCCAAGGGUCCGGCCAAGGGCGAUCCAAGUGGUGCUUCCAAAGGCAAGGACAAGGAGACCUCGCACCUCAAGGUCGCAAAACCAGAUGCCAAAUUCAAGUCCUCUGAACGCAUUGAGGACUCUGAUGAGGAAGCCGAAGCAGCUUCAGAAGUUGUCGCCAAGCCAAAGAAACAGGACGCAGGGACAAUGAAGUCAACUUCGGCCGUGAAGAGGAAACCCGAACACGGCCCACUCAAAUCGACCAAGUCGCCUCUAACAACCGCCUCCCCCAAAAAGGCUGCCCACAAAGCCUCACUUUCAAAUGCGUCUUCAUCCAGCGGGAGCAACAGCGCGGGUGAUAAGCCUCGGCCUGCGGUCGCAGGCGCUUCAAAGUCACUGAAACCUCAGAAUCAUCAGAAACUGGAAAGUACGGCUUCCCGCAUUUCUCCUCGCCCACGACACGACAGUUCACCGCAGAAGCCGUCACCUCUGGGUUCUUCACCUCCCACCACCUCGACCGAUGUAGACAAUUCUGGCUCUAGCAAAGCAUCCAACCAGUCUUCGGCUCCAUCAUCUCCACCCUCCAGCACUGACAUGCCUCAAACGAAACAGGGCAAUAAAUACUCCCCCGUCAUCUCAGACAAAAGUCGCAACGUGUCUCGAGGCAGGAGUCCUGGUCCGGGCCCCGUGAAGCGCAAGGCUGCUCCUACCGAUGAGGAACGUCCCGCAAAACGCCAGCAGCAGCAACAGACACCGUCUUCAAGCCAUUCAACUCCUCUGACGAACGGUACAGCUGAGCACCCAGCGCUGAAGCGCCCUGCUGUUCCAGUCCGGACCGACUCUGAACGUUCGUCUAGUCCUGAGAAACCUGGACCCAGCCGAGCCGAUGUCAUCGAGGAGGCGAGACGGUUUCAAAAGUACUAUAAACGAUACAAAGAUCUCUAUGAUAAGAUAUCCGAAACCGACGAGAAGGAACGAGAUGAUAAGGACAUGGGCGACCUGUGGAAGAUGCACAAGCGACUGAAGGAGAUGAAGGCCGAUAUCUGGGCGAAUUGGGCUAGACUUGAGAAGCUCGACACAGCCGAGCCUAAUGGCGAUGUGAGGGAAAUGCUAGCUGUUGGAUAA